AUGAUCCAAACCAUGCCAAAGACUCAAGGACUUCCAGAGUUUAGCCUAGCGGGGAAGGUAGUGUUGGUGUCGGGUGCUGCUCGAGGACUCGGUCUGACACAAGCCGAAGCAUUGCUGGAAGCUGGCGCACGAGUAUACGCACUUGACAGACUCGAGGAACCCUCAGCAGACUUUGCGCCAAUUGCUGAGAAAGCAAAGAACGAACUCGGAACUUCGCUCGAAUACCGCCAAAUAGACGUGCGAGAUGUCAAGAAGCUCCAUGAGAUUGUUGAGGAAAUCGCCAACAAGGAGGGUAGACUUGACGGGCUGAUUGCUGCGGCCGGCAUCCAACAAGAGACGACUGCGUUGGAAUACACUGCUGAGGAUGCAAACCGCAUGUUCGAAGUCAACAUCACGGGAGUCAUGAUGACUGCGCAAGCGGCUGCGAAGCAAAUGAUCAAGUUUGGAAGUGGCGGAAGUAUCGUGCUCAUCGCGAGCAUGUCUGGUACAGUUGCAAAUAGGGGUCUCAUCUGCUCGGCAUACAACGCGUCGAAAGCCGGUGUCAUGCAGCUCGCGCGCAACCUCGCGUCAGAAUGGGGCGAGCAUAACAUCCGCGUCAAUACAAUCUCGCCAGGGUACAUUGUGACUGCAAUGGUGGAGGAGCUCUUCAAGAAAUACCCAGAGCGUAGAGACACGUGGCCGACACAGAACAUGUUGGGUCGUCUGUCGAAGCCUGAGGAAUACCGUGGUGCAGCGGUGUUCUUGCUGAGCGAUGCGAGUUCGUUCAUGACGGGGGCGGACCUAAGAAUGGACGGCGGCCAUGCUGCGUGGUAG